AUGAGAGUCGUCACAGCUGUAACUGAUGGUUUUUACUCGAUCGGGACACAAAAUGGGCAUCUUCGGCAAACAUUCACUAGGAAUCAAUUGGCUCCAUGUGAAGCUGAAUUCUUCUCGACCAAUUCAAUUCCGGACAGGGAGACAUCGUUGGGAACUGCUGUUGGGGCAGCAUCGAUCUCUGGGAGCCAAGGUCACGUUCAUUGCUUGUGCCUGAGCGGAUACCUCGUGGACCGCAACUUUCGCGGGACGGAGCUGCGAGGCGGUCGAUCGAACUUUGACUGGAUCAACAUGGAGACGAUUGGUUUUCAAGAUUUAACGAGUGAUGGAUUGGUGAUUACAGCUCAACAGAGAAGGAAGCGAUCUCCUGCCAUUUCGGCUGGCGAUACUGUAUUCUUUCAUCCGAUUCUAAUUCACGGAUCUGGAACGAAUAGAACCACAGGUUUCCGAAAAGCGAUCUCCUGCCAUUUUGCCAAUGAUGAUGUUUGUCGCUAUCAGCCAAUCACUCAAGGACAGAGCAACACAGCAAACGAGGGAGUUUGGCGAAUGAAAGCAAAAGCCGUGAGCGGAGUGAGGAACCAUCUU